CCCAAUAUAUCCCGCGAGUCGCGCGCCGAUCGUCGCUUUUGCGCUGGCGCCUCCGACGGUCGAUCGUGCGUUUAGGAAAUGUAAUACUAAAUUUUGUAUAUACGACAUAACUUUGUUAUUCCGUGCGCUUCUUACAUAACAAAAAUUACUUCAAUAGAUUACCUACUAGGUUUUACGGUCGACGGCGUAGGCUGUGCGCUACUAGGUAAAUAUUGAGUUUCGCCUGUGUGAUAAUUUGCUGUCGAAUACCACGAACAUUGUCGAUGUAGUUUUAGUUUGGAGCGUUAUGCAUAUAGUUCUAGCCCUGUUAUUAGGGCCAACGAGAUCAAAAUCUCUAGGUACUUAAAUGUGGAAUAUUAUAAUUAUUCAUUUGUGCCGUUUUGUAAAUUUUGUAAUUAUUUGGGAUGUAUGAUCGAAACCGGUGGCAAGUGUGUGGCAAAUACUUAGUGAAUGAGUAAGUGCAUAACAUCGGCAUGUCCCGGCACGAGCUGCGCGCGCGCAGCGACUACACCAUGCCGCCGCCACCGCCCAGCAAGUGCGCUAAAGUGCUGUACUACACGUGGAAGCUGUGCUCGGUGGUAUUUUCGCACUUCGUAAUGAUCAGCCUCGUGGUAGCGUACUGCAUUCUCGGCGCCGUUACGUUUGAGAAGCUCGAAGCCGCCUACGAAAGAGAGGUGAAGAUGAACGUAUCGAUGCUGCGCGCGAACACAACCGACAGCAUCUGGCGCAUGACAAAUCACACGCUGGUGCUCGAGCACGUCAACUGGACGCGCGACGUCGCCACCAUGCUCAAGGACUUUGAGAACUCGAUCCUGUACGAGAUGAAGGUUCGCGGAUGGGACGGCAAUGAGGCUCCCAACCAGAUCCAAUGGACCUUCACCGGUGCGCUCUUCUACUCCAUCAUCGUUAUCACCACCAUCGGUUACGGACACAUCGCACCGAAGACGCAGGCCGGCAAAGUGGUGACAAUCUUCUACGCCAUCGUGGGCAUCCCACUCAUGCUGCUCUGCCUCUCCAACAUCGGAGACGUGAUGGCUUCUUCCUUCAGAUUCCUGUAUUGGCGCGUGUGCUGCUACGUGUGCACGCGCCCGCCGAAGCGCCGCCACCGCCGACAUCACUCCACCAGGCGGUCAGUGCGGGGUGGCAGCGGGCGCGGCUCCACGCGAAGGCGCCGCCUUCCGCUCUCCGCACCUCAAACUCUCGAGCGCGCGCACUCUGACACUGACUGCAGAUACCGCGACAGCGGCUACAGCAGCGCGCGAGCUCUUCGGCCGCGUCCGCCGGCGCCGGCCGCGGCACAGCGCGCGCCGCGCACGCGCUCGCAGCCGCCGGCGUUCAGCAAGUACCAGUCAGAUCCGAAGGAGUUCCACAGAGAGAGAUCCCCAGCGCGAUUCGACAAACUCCCUCCCGACGAUUAUGAAGACGAUGAACAUAACUUUCCAAAAAUAUCUCUCCCACUUCAAGACCUCGCGGCAGCUCUAAAAGAUUUAGAAGAUCAUCAAACGAAGACACCCAGGCAGGAGUUGCGUAGCAAGUCUUUCCCACAUGUGGACAAACCGCGGGGUGAGCACGGCGCAAGCGCCGCCGCGGGUACGCGGCGGUGCUACGAUGAGAGACGGUACUAUGAGGACGACGAGAACAUGCUCGAGAUGCACGACCUGCAAGACGUCGAUUAUGAAAACUACCGAGAGAGGAAGGCGAGAGAGAUAGAAGAACGAGAGAGGGAGAGACGCCGUGAAGAGCGAGACGAUUUCGGCAGUCGGAGAGACCGAGACUACGACCCUGAGGAUGAUGAUUAUGAAUUCAAUGGACCGAGGGCUAGGAGAGGGUGGCCCGAUCGCGAUAAGAGGAACCGGUGUCGGUCGGAGUAUUACGAGCGCGAUCACGACGAUUUCCUGUGGGAACGCAGAGGGCGGCGAGCGCGCAGCGCAGCCUGCGACUUUGAACGGCGCUUGGACAUGGAAAGGGACGACAUCCGGCACGGCGACGUCGAGACUGGCCGGCGGCGGCUGCGCCGCCUGCGCACGGUCGAUGACACCACGAGACCUUAUCGAUAUACUCCAUCGCCAGACAGAGACGACUGGAGCGACGUAGUGGCAGUCGUCCCUCGGAGAAGCAGACCUCCAGCUUGGGGACUGCGACAUAAUGAAGCUUAUCCUAUUCAGCAAGAAUCACUUACCAAGGAGGAGGUACACAAUUUCAUGCUGAAGCCGGUGCCGAUCUGGCUGUGCGUGUGCCUGGUGGCAUCGUACAUCGUGGCGGGCACGUUUCUCUUCAAGAGCUGGGAGCAGUGGGCGUACCUCGAUGCCGCUUAUUUCUGCUUUAUUACGCUCACCACCAUCGGCUUCGGAGACUUCGUACCUGCGCAGGGGCAGCGCGCUGGCAAUCCGGCAGACGCUGUUCAUUCGAUCGCAUUGUGCUCGCUGUACCUGCUGUUCGGCAUCGCACUGCUGGCGAUGUCCUUCAACCUGGUACAAGAAGAGGUGCGCGCGAACGUGGCCGCGCUCGCUACGCGGCUCGGCAUCAUAAAGCCCAAAAAUGUCGACGAUUCCGACAGUGAAUAUUAAGGUUUUAAUGUUUCUGCAAGUAAUAAAAGGUAUUUAACAUGAAACAGGAGUUUGUUGCAACUAGUUCACUACUUUCCUUCUACCCCAUAGAAAAUAAUAAUAUCUACUACAACCAUAUCGAAGGUGAUAAACU